AUGCGCCACCCCUCCCCCGCAGGAAGUAGUGCUGGCUACGCCCAUGGGGGGAUACCUUUGUGGUACAAUGUCUCCAUUAUGAUAGAGGACCUGAUUCGAGAACCGUCAGGAAGGUUGGAGAAUUUCCUGCGAAUGUCCUACACCGACUUCGAAUUUCUACUGAAUGAGGUGGGACAUAUGAUAGGGAAAAAAGAUACUCAGCUGAGGAAGGCAAUUUCAGUUAAGGAAAGCUUCUGCGUUGCUCUCAGAUUCUUCGCUAGUGGUGACAGUUUCGUGAGUUUGUCAUACCUCUUCAAAUUUUCACCACAAACUGUAUCCCGGUGCGUUUUCGACGUUUGCGAUGCAUUGAUGAGCGUUCUCAACCAUCAAAUAAAAGUAGGUAUACAACAAACAUUUCUACAUUGUUUAUUCAGUUAAGAAAUAAGGUAAAAGCAUGGUUAAAGUUAAAUUAAAGUAUGG